AUGUCAGAAGAACUUUUGCAAAAGUUCUUAUCCUCAGUUGAACAAGAAGAUGGUAUUUCUCGAAAAAAUUUCAAGAAAGAUAAGAACUCGGUUGCUCGAAAUAAUGUGAAGAAAAUACUCAACGCUGCUUCCAAAGGUCACAUAGAAUUAUCCGCCGAAGAAAGUUAUAUCGUUCAAAAACCAUCGACUUCUCAUGGAGAUUAUGUAAACGAUCAUCUCGCUUCUCAAGGAUUUUCUUUGAUCGAACAAGCAAGAUCGUACAAACCAAAGGAUUUAAAGAAAAGAAAUUUGAAGUGAGUUGAAUUUAAUAUUAUUUAACGCUACAAUUUUGCCAAUAUUGCUAAUCCCGAAGACAAAAUUUUGAAGAUUUCUAUUUCUCUAUUUUUCAGAUAUGUGAAAUAUCAAGAAACUCGGAAAUUGGAUUCAAAAAAAGGAAAAUUACUGGUCAAUGAGCAUUUGAAAACAAAAAAUGAUUUGAAGGCGAUCAGAAAACAGAAGAAGAUGCUUAUUGGUAAGUACAUAUUUCCAUUAUUUGAUUAUAAGAGUUUCGUACAAUUUUAAAAAUUAAAAAAAAACAAUUUUCUAGUGGCUCAUAGUCAUUUGAAUCAUUAAAGGUUUCCUAAAAAACGGAAGUUCGAAAUGAAAUUGAAAACUGUUUUUGUGAAAAAAAAAGUUCACGUUUCACGUCUUUUUAUUGUAUUUUGGUCGUAUUUUUCAUUUCUAAUUUUUCUAUACGCGAAUUAUUUAUUUCAAGAAAUCAAAUGUUCCUGUUUCACCUAGACCGAAAUUCAUUUUUUCAGUUUUAACAUUAAAAUGUAUACUCUUUGUUUAUAUUCGUUUCCAAUUUUUCAUACUCAUAAUGUCUAAAUUUUUGUGACACGAUAACAGUUCUGACUAUUCAAAAAAUUGUCAGAAUGUGAAAACGUGGAAAACAUGUUUUGUUUUUUGAGUUGUUAUCAUCAUUAGACAUGCGCUCCACUACAAAUUUGAAAAAACAACAAACUACGAAAUUACGGGGAAUUGCGAAAUUAUAGAAUUGCUCUCUGUCUAGGAAAUUAGUAUGCGAUUUAGUAUUUUUUUCAAAUAUCAUAAUUUUAUUUGUUUUAGGGGUAAAAGAGCCACGACGACAAUUUCCUGGAGCAAAAUCGAAGAAGAAAGAAAAAUCGAAAUCUGUGUUCAGCGAGAAAGAUUUCGCUGAAAUUUCUCGUGCUCCAAAACGUCUCAAUACAAUUUCAGAUCAUUCAUUUAUCUAG